CAGUGGUUCCCCGGGAAAGAAAGCUGGACUUGUCGUUCACUGUAGGAACGGAGAAAACAUAGGAAGCGCACAGGUGAAGCUCUGCGCGUUUUUUUUUUCUUUUUUCCAACUGGUGUCAUCUUCUGGAAGGAGGCUACAGGGAUAAGAAGAAACAAGACAAUGACAGAACGCGGCCGUUUCACAGCCGGUUAAUUCCACAGUGUUUGAUUUGUUUCUGGCUUCCUGGUACGUUCACUCCUCGCUCGACCCUCAAGGAACACCUGGAAUGGAAGAACUUUAUCUGCCUCGUCUGGACUGUAGUAAAAACUCCCAAGAAAGAAUGAAGUAACCGCUAUGGAGCCGGACAAUGCCCCGUACUCCAAACUGAAAACCACUGGAGUCGGGGGGAGAGUUCUGAUUCUUUGGUCUAUACUGUGUUGUACCUGCUCUCUAAGGAUAGCACAAGCACAAGAUGUGGAUGUACUGCAGCAGCUUGGGAUUUCUGGACGCAGGGCAGGCGGGUCGUCAUCUUCAGGAGCUCGAUCCUUCCCUAAUGGCAUUAUCCCCUUCAAGUCUGGAGUUAUCCUCACCCCGAGGGCACGUAUUCAGGUGCCUCUGCGCACUGUUAUUCCUGCCACCUACAGCUCCACCAAUCUGUCCCUGAUCCUCAGCCUUUCUGUUCAUCGCAUAAACAGCGCUUUUCUUUUCUCGGUUCUGUCUAAGAAAAGGAAAGUGCAGCUUGGAGUGCAGUUUGUACCGGGGAAGGUCCUGGUACACGUGGGGCAGAGGAGCUCCGUGAGUUUCAACUAUGAUGUCCAUGAUGGCCAGUGGCACAGUCUGGCCUUGGAUAUCCAGGGGCAUCAGGUGUUCUUACACACGUCUUGUGGAAAGAAAAGUGAGCAUGUGGAUUUGCAUUCUAAAAAAGAGGAGGCUCUGGAUGCAGAGGGCUCUUUCCUGCUGGGCAAAAUGAACCACCAUUCGGUGCCGUUUGAAGGUGCCAUCUGUCAGUUUGACAUUUAUCCCUCUGCUAAGGCAGCUCAUAACUAUUGUGAUUACAUUAAGAAGCAUUGCCGAGAAGCUGACACGUAUCGGCCCGUGUUUCCACCCUUGCUACCUCUAUUUUCCACAGACCCAAAUGUUACUGUCACUCAUACAACUCCACUGUCUUUGAUGGAGAUAUCCAAAAAUGCCCAGAAACCUACUUUGGUCUCAACUGAAGAAAGCUCCAGGACAACAAUUUUUGUUCCAACUGAUGGCUCACUGAUGCUGAACAAAACAUCUGUGUAUCAGACCGUUAGCCCAACAAAACCUGGUGCUUUGUCUGUUUCCCUACCGGUUCGUCCAGGGUUGGAAGUUCCAUUUAAAUUUCCGACUCAAACUGUUACUACAUCUUUUUGGGUUGGCAUGACACCACCAACCCCCAAACCAACUUCACUUGACAGUGCCAGAAAGAAUACAAAGCAAGGAGGUACUAAUUCUCAGAAAGCUUUUCUCGAAAGUAUGGAUUUACCUGCCUCCACUAGACCAUGUGAGAUGAAGCCAAACUGCCAGACCACAGCUGCUUUCAUUCAGGGGUCCUCUUCAAACGCCCCCCUUCCUCAUAAACAGCACUUGACCACAGCAGCUUCAAAGAAACCUGAGCCAAAAUUGACCAGUGUGCAGGAUAUCAAACCCACCUCACUUAUUCCAGUCACUCCAGCUGCAACAGAUGGCUUCCAAACAUUUGACCUAGAACCGACCCAGUUCUCACUGCUGGCUGGACCACCUGGACUAAAGGGAGAACCAGGACCGCCGGGCCUUCCAGGACUUCCAGGGUUGCCAGGAAAGCCAGGGAAAAGGGGCCCAAGGGGUCUUCCUGGCCCACACGGAAACCCCGGGCGCCCUGGACCUCCUGGAGUGAAGGGACAAAAAGGAGAUUAUGGACUGUCCCCUGGUCAAGCCCCAAAAGGACAAAAGGGAGAGUCUGGUAUCAUGGGUCCCCCAGGCUUGCCAGGCCAAAAUGGACGAAAGGGACAAAAAGGACAUCCUGGUCCUUCUGGUCUCCCAGGUGAACCUGGUAAACGGGGAGAUGAUGGAAGCCCUGGGGCCAAAGGCUAUCCUGGCAGGCAGGGUUUACCUGGGCCGGUAGGAAAAAUGGGGCCAAAAGGAGUCCGGGGUCACAUUGGCCUCCCUGGGCUCUUUGGCUUUCCUGGUCCUGAUGGUGAGAGAGGAAUUCCUGGCGUUCAUGGGAAGAAGGGCAAGAUGGGUAGGCCGGGGUUUCCUGGUGACUUUGGAGAGAGGGGACCUCCUGGCCUUGAUGGGAACCCUGGUGAACUGGGAGCUCCUGGCCCGUGUGGAGUCCCUGGUCUUAUUGGAGAUAUUGGCCCUGUUGGCAUGGUUGGCUUACCAGGACCACCGGGACUCAAGGGAGUACCUGGAAACCCAGGGGAGCCAGGACUGAAAGGUGAUAAGGGGGAAGUUGGCUUACUGGGAGAGCCAGGGGAUGGUGGAUUUCAAGGGGACAAGGGUGUCCGUGGCUCACCUGGGUUGCCAGGUCCUCGUGGAAAACCUGGACCACAGGGCAAACCUGGUGAAAAGGGCCCUAAUGGUGUACCGGGCCCUCCUGGCCCAGAGGGCUUUCCAGGUGACAUUGGCCCACCGGGAAAAAAUGGCCCUGAGGGACCAAAGGGAAAGCAAGGGACAAGAGGGUUGCCAGGUCCAAGAGGGACACCUGGACUUCAGGGUGAUGACGGACCAGUCGGGUCAGCUGGACCUGCUGGACUCGAGGGCAGGCCUGGGAGGCAGGGAUUCCCUGGACCGACAGGCCCAGAUGGACUCAAGGGCGAGACUGGGAUAACUGGCGAGGUUGGAAAGCUUGGCGAGAGGGGACUGCCCGGUUUUUUUGGGCCUGUCGGAGAGAUGGGCAUCGCUGGAGAAAAGGGGGAUCGAGGGAAAACAGGCGCCCCCGGGCCGCCAGGUGAAUCGGGGCCGAUGGGUCACACUGGACUACCUGGAGAGAUGGGGGCACCUGGACCACAAGGGAGCCCAGGGCCACCUGGUCCAUGGGGAUCCACUGGCAUCAGAGGGCCCAAAGGCAGGAUGGGUCCAAGGGGUCCUGAUGGCCCAAUGGGGGACAAAGGGUCCACUGGAGUAAAGGGCCCUGAUGGUCCACCAGGAAGACCAGGCUUCCCUGGGGAGAUGGGAAAGCUCGGCGAGCCAGGUGAAGCUGGGCCUAAGGGAUUUCCAGGUGUUCAAGGACCCUCAGGAGCUCCUGGAGCCAAAGGAAUUGCAGGAGAGCCAGGACCAGCAGGGCCACCAGGAACGAUUGGGCCACUGGGGGAGAUGGGGCUGUGGGGUCUGCCUGGCAAGGCUGGAGAGAGAGGACUGCCUGGUGAAAAUGGAGAGAAGGGUGCCAUUGGUCUACCUGGCAAUGUCGGGGAGCAGGGUUUGAUUGGCCAGAGAGGUGAGCCAGGCAUCGAUGGGGAGGCUGGAACAAGUGGCCCUGAUGGAGCCAAGGGUGAAAAGGGGGACCCUGGUCCAGAGGGAGCUAGAGGAGACAGAGGUGAAAUUGGUCUGAAAGGAAAGGAAGGAUCCCCUGGGCCUCCUGGACUGGUGGGUGUAAGGGGUCAGGAGGGUAAACCUGGCAAAAUUGGUGAAAGAGGAAAACCAGGAGAAAAGGGAAGCAAGGGUCAGCAAGGUCACCUGGGUGAGACUGGGCCUAUUGGGGAGCAGGGAGCGAUGGGGUUUGUUGGACAGAAGGGAGCAAGAGGAACCAUUGGGCCAGUGGGUGCUCCAGGGAGAAUGGGCCAACAAGGAGAGCCAGGUGUAUCAGGUUAUGAGGGUCAUAUGGGACCACAGGGCCCCCGGGGACCUCCUGGGCCAAGAGGUGAAAAGGGUGAACAGGGAGACGACAGUAAGGCAGAAGGUCCUACAGGUCCCCAAGGUGACAGAGGUCCUCCUGGAGAUCGAGGAGAGAGAGGAGAGCCAGGUGACCCCGGACAAAUUGGUCAGAUAGGUGUUGAUGGAAAGAGAGGUGAAGCCGGUGCCACGGGUCUUCCUGGACAUCCUGGGCCAAAGGGACAACCAGGGCUGAAAGGAUCCAAAGGUGAUCAAGGUCAGAAAGGAAAAUCAGGGGCAAGAGGCAAAUCUGGGACCAAAGGACCACCAGGUCCACAGGGUCCUCCUGGCCCAUGGGGAGUUGUGGGCAGGGAAGGACUUGAGGGCCCUCCUGGCAUGGAUGGACUGCCUGGUAAAGAUGGAACCAAAGGAGUCAAGGGUGAGCAAGGAGAAGAUGGAGAAGUGGGCUUACCAGGCAAACCUGGGUACCUGGGUAGAACUGGUGUGACAGGACUUCCUGGACAUCAAGGCUCCUUUGGACCAAAGGGUGAGAGAGGUCUUCCGGGCCAAACUGGUGCAUCAGGAAAAAGAGGCUCUGUUGGUGUGAUGGGACUCCUAGGAAAACAAGGAGAUCUGGGUCCUAAAGGGCAGCCAGGGGAUACUGGUGAACAAGGAUUUCCAGGGGUGUUGGGUCUGUUUGGACCAAAGGGAUCCCCAGGAGACAUUGGCCCAGCAGGGAUACAGGGACCAAAAGGACCACGCGGCAUGAUGGGUAUGGAGGGAGCUGUUGGCCCCUUUGGCAUCAUUGGCCCCAGCGGUCAUCCUGGACCCCAGGGUGACAAAGGAAGUCAGGGGGAGACGGGGUUGCAGGGACCAAGGGGUUCUCCUGGCCGCCAUGGACCACCUGGACCACCAGGUCUUCCGACUUCUGCCCUCUCACUUACAAAUGAGGCUCUUGAUGCCGCCUUUCAAGUCAUCAUCGACUCCCGUGCUGGACUGAGGCCAGAGAGCAUGGACCAGCCCAUUUUAGACCAGGGCACAGAGAUCUUAAAGACCUUACAGCAUCUCAGCACUCUGAUCCAGAGUCUGAAGAACCCGCUGGGAACUCAUCACAACCCUGCACGAAUCUGCCGAGACCUCUACAACUGUGAACAGAAGAUGCUUGAUGGCACUUACUGGAUCGACCCAAACCUUGGCUGUGCUGCUGACACUAUCGAGGUGAUGUGCAACUUCACAGCUGGAGGACAGACUUGCCUGAAACCCAUCACAGUAUCCAAGUUGGAGGUAGGUGUGGGUCGUAUCCAGAUGAAUUUCAUCCACCUUUUGAGCACUGAGGCGGUCCAGCACAUCACCAUUCACUGCCUCAACACACCUGUGUGGGCAGCAGGACCCUCCAUGCAACCUUCAUCCAGGGCUGUGAGCUUCAAGGCCUGGACAGGGGAGAAGAUUCAGGCAGGCGACCUCCUGGAGCCGCUCAUACCCAGGGACGACUGCUGGAUCAAAGAUGGCCGCUGGCAUCAGACCCACUUCAUAUUCCAGACCCAAGACCCAAACUUACUCCCCAUAGUGGAUAUCUACAACCUACCGACCCCAGAACCUGGCGCACGCUACCACCUUGAUGUUGGACCCGUGUGCUUCUUAUAGGGCCUUGUGGAGGGGCUGAGAAACGCCUCAAAGGAGUGACUGCAUGGAGGUGAUUGGGGACAGGGUAGAACAACAGACCCCUUUACACACACACCUCUUCACCCUCCAUUUUUCUCCAAAAUAUGCUUGGACUGCAGAAAGGAGGGGGCGCCAGAAGAGAAAGCCCGUUGAAAAUGCAGAGAUAUGACUUAUAGCACUACUCAGCCUAUGGAAAACAAUAAUAAGCUUCUUUUUCAGAGACUUGUGUGUAUGGCACAAGACCGGAAGGCCCCCUUGGCUCAUUCUGUCAUCUCUCGGACCAUGUUGUAUAUUUUCUUUACGGUUUGGUAACUGAUAUUUGCAAAAACCUGAAACGUUCUUCAAAAAGACCUGUACAGACUUAAAUCUUAAUUUCUAUUUUAAAAUUUAAGCAUUAUUUAUACAUGUAUAUGUACUGUGUGUGUGUGUGUGUGUGUGUAUAUAUAUAUAUAUAUAUAAAUAUAUAUAUAAAGUGCAAUAGUUAUUGCUCCGCAGCCUUGAGGCAAAAUCAUAUCACUCAUUCAGGUAUACGGUGUGCCUCAGACACACAGACGUACUGUCUCCAGGUAGGUCUUUUUGAGCCUCCAAUAACUGUCGAGUGCUGAGACCCUGCUUUUAUACAGAUGUCUUCACGCAAACCAACUGCUGUGCCGUGCUUUCCAUGUUAGAAUGGAUCAGCGCUUUCCACAGUGUGAACCAAGAAAAAUGUGUCAAAAUGCUACCUCGUACCACACCUCUCAUCUCACAGCAACCGAGACAUUACCCGAUAUAAUCUGAGAUGACACAGAGGUGUCACUUGGUGCUGCAACAGUUGACAUGCCUACGAUAAACUCUUGUCAGCUCUCAGCUAAGCAAUGUCUUUGUGAAAAAAAGGGAGGACUGUAAAAUAGACACACAGGCCAAAUUCAUUAAAUUAUAUUUUUAAGGUAGUAUUUUAACAUUUUCUCUCUUUGUACUAUCUGACACUGAGUCUGACACUACAAGUAAGCUUGUUUUCAUUGUUCUCUAAAUGUAAAUGUCUAUAGUCAUACAACCUUUAUUAUCUACAGUGGGUUCUAUUUAAAUUUUAUUUAAAUCCUGUUAAGCUUCCCAGGUCACAACCAGACAAUAACAUCAUGCUUAAUCACAUCUUUUGUCAUUUGGAGCUUUAAGGUUACUACAGUCUGUAUGUGUUUGUCUAACUGAUCUGUUCAACUGCAUUUAAGGACAUUACCAUUUUUAUUUUUAUUUUUUUUACUGUUAAUUCAUUUGUCACUCAAAGGUGCAGCGAUAAUGGUUGGUCUUGCCAAUCUAUAAACUCAGAGGAUUUAUUAUAAUACACAUCACUACAUCACACAUGGUACAUGAGAUAGUGUUUGGUCUGUACAGAUGUUUUGUGCUGCGUGAAUGUCUAAAACGUCUAAUGACUCAACAGGUAUUUCAAUAAAUGUCUGAAAGUUUGUUGAUAAA